CAAAGGUUAAAAACUAAAAAAGACUGCAAACCCUAGUGAGAAUGAGAUAGGUGGCAGAGAAAUUAGGAGGAGGGCUAAAAUGGACGGAGAUUGGAGAGCGAGAAGGGAGAUGAAGGCGGAUCCUAAAAAUGAAGCGUUUUGACCGAAGUUGUUGCUUCAGCCUAUGACCAGCUCCUUCCUCUCAUACGGGAAACACAGGGAAAGCACAUAACAUUAUCUGCCUUAUUAUUCCUGCACCAAUACCAUAACUCUCCGCUGUUUGGGUAAAGAGAUCCAGGCAGAGCUGAGAUGGGGAGAAAAGAGCGAGCUGAGGAGCGCAGAAAGCAGAGACAGCAAGAGAUUUCCCUUUUCCGUACCAUUCCUUAUUCCGAUCACCAGAGGUGGUGGAACUCUGAGACCAUUGCUGUGGUCACCGGCGCUAACAGAGGCAUAGGAUUCGAGAUUGCCCGCCAGCUCUGUGGGCAUGGAUUGACUGUCAUACUCACAUCCAGAGACAGUGCCAUUGGCCGUGAAGCUGCGAGUGUUUUGCAAGAAGGAGGCUUCAAUGCUGUCUCCCAUCAGUUGGAUGUUCUUGAUCCUUCAUCUAUCGAACAGUUUGCUGAAUGGGUGCAGCAGAACUAUGGCUUUGUCGACAUUCUCAUAAACAAUGCUGGUGUUAACUAUAAUAUGGGGUCAGAGAAUUCUGUUGAAAAUGCAGAGAACGUUAUUGCCACCAACUAUUUUGGCACCAAAAAUGUGAUUAAAGCUAUGGUCCCAUUGAUGAAGCCUUCUGCUUCUGGUGCUCGUAUUGUCAAUGUCAGCUCACGACUGGGUAGAAUUAAUGGCAGACGCAAUAAAAUUGAAGACUCUGCUUUGAGAGGACAACUAGAAGAUGUGGACUCCCUCUCAGAGGAAGUGAUUGAUCAGAUGGUACACACUUUUGUAGAACAAGUAAAAGAUGGAACUUGGACCUCAGCUGGAUGGCCGCAAACAUUUACUGACUACUCAGUGUCCAAACUUGCUGUUAAUUGUUACACUAGGAUAAUGGCAAAGGUCCUCUCAGAUCGACCAGAGGGUGAGAAGAUUUUUAUCAACUGCUACUGCCCAGGUUGGGUAAAAACUGCCAUGACUGGUUGGGCAGGCAACGUUUCGGUUGAGGAAGGUGCUGACACAGGUGUCUGGCUAGCCUUGCUUCCAGACCAAUCUGUAACGGGGAAAAUUUUUGCUGAGAGACGGGAGGUACAUUUCUAAAGAAGUGAGGUGGAAGACUCAUACCAGGCUGGAGGACCAUUUCUAGUUUCCCCUACAAAUGAUGUCAGAUUUUACAACAGGCAAGUGAAAAAUUUAGAACUUGUGGAGAAAAAAAAAAGAAGGAUGCCCUAUGAAGUGCUUUCUGCACUGGAAGGAUUCUACUAAUAUGUGAUGGAGAAACUGUCAUAUGAUUAUUGGGAAUGUCUCGGAACCAAUUUUUAGGAUGUGUGGAUUUCUUGUACAAUCGGAGGAAUCAGAAGGCAGUGUCCAAUGUUGUAAUCCAUGAAAUGCACUUUAUUAAAACUAUCUAUAGCAUGUGAGCAACCCCAUUUACUUA